AUGCUGAAGCUAGCGAAGCUCCUCCACCACCGCGGCUUCCACGUCACCUUCGUCAACACCGACUACAACCACAGCCGCCUCCUCAGAACCCGCGGCGACUUGGCCGGGCUCCCGUCGUUCCGGUUCGCCACCAUCCCUGACGGCAUGCCGCCGUCCGACACUGACGUCACCCAGGACAUCCCGGCCCUCUGCGAGUCCACGCGCCGCACCUGCCUCCCCCACUUCAAGGGCCUCCUCGCCGACCUCAACCACACCGCGGGAGUGCCCCCGGUGAGCUGCAUCGUCUCCGACGGGGUGAUGAGCUUCACGCUCGACGCCGCCGCCGACUUGGGCAUCCCUGAGGUGCUGUUUUGGACCACCAGCGCCUGUGGCUUCCUCGGCUACAUGCAUUACCGGGAUUUGAUCCAAACAGGCCUCACUCCUCUCAAAGAUAAUUCCAUUUCUUUCUUGACAGAUGAGAGCUACUUGACAAAUGGGUAUCUCGACACGGUCAUAGACUGGAUUCCGGGGAUGAAAAAUAUCCGAUUACGAGAUCUCCCCAGCUUCAUCCGGACCACCAACCCGGCCGAGUUCAUGCUGGAAUUCGUGGUUCAUGAAACAGAGAGAGCUCGAACCAAGAAACCCUCCGCCAUAAUUCUCAACACCUUCGACGCUCUAGAGCACGACGUCCUCGCCGCACUUUCCGCAAUCCUGCCGCCGGUUUACUCCAUCGGCUCCCUUUCCCUCCUUUCCCACAAUCAGAUCACCGAUCCUGCCCUCAAGUCAAUCUCAUCCAGCCUCUGGAAAGAAGAAACAGAGUGCCUCAGAUGGUUGGACGCCAAACAACCCAAUUCCGUCCUGUACGUGAAUUUCGGGAGCAUAACCGUGAUGACCAAUUCGCAGCUGGUGGAAUUCGCCUGGGGACUAGCCAACAGCAGGAAGCCAUUCUUGUGGGUGAUUAGACCGGACCUCGUCGCCGGAGAAACGGCAAUGCUGCCGCCAGAGUUCGUCGCGGAGACGGGAAACAGAGGGCUUCUGGCGAAAUGGUGCCCGCAGGAGGAGGUGCUGAAUCAUCCUUCGGUGGCCGGGUUUCUGACCCACAACGGGUGGAAUUCGACGCUGGAGAGCAUCUGCAGCGGAGUUCCGAUGAUCUGCUGGCCCUUCUUCGCAGAGCAGCAGACAAACUGCAAGUUCGCGUGCGAUGAAUGGGGGGUCGGGAUGGAGAUUGACAGCGAUGUGAAGAGGGAUGAAGUGGAGGGUUUGGUGAGGGAGUUGAUGGAAGGAGGGAAGGGGGAAGAGAUGAGGAGAAGGGCGGCGGAGUGGAAGACAAUGGCGGUGGAGGCAACCACUGCUCCUUCUGGCUCGUCUGUUGCCAACUUGGAUAAGCUGGUUCAAGCCCUGCUUUUGUCGCCUUGUCAGUAG